ACCUCAGCCGCUGGGGGUUUGUGCGGCAGCGACGAUACAGGCGGUAGUUGGUGGGAGCGCGAACGGAGUUUGAAAUAGAGGCGGCUGGUUUAUUUAUUUUUAAAAACCAGCUUCUUUGAAAACCCGUUGCAUUUAAGGUUUUGGAGGGGGGGGGGGAGAGGCAACGACAACAACAAAAAUGGUGUGUUGCAGGGUGCAAUCGGCCUGGAUUUGGAGCCUGUGGCUGGUGCUGGCCCAGUCUGCCCGCUGCACGGCAGAGCAGGGAGGCAGAGCCGAGCUGACAGCCGAGCCUGCGGUCGAGCCGCUGGGCGACACCAACUGGACGCUGAUCCUGAGCGGAGAGUGGAUGCUGCAGUUCCAUGCACCCUGGUGUCCCGCCUGCAAACAGAUCCAGGUCGACUGGGAAGAUCUCGGGAAGGCCCGCGGGGAUCUUGGCAUCCACGUCGGGAAGGUGGACGUCACCCGAGAACCAGGUUUGAGCGGCCGUUUCUUUGUGACGACUCUGCCGACCAUUUAUCAUGCCAAGGAAGGUGUUUUCCGCAAGUACCACGGCGCUCGGAUGCUGGAGGACUUCCAUAGUUUCGUGAAGGAGAAGAAGUGGGAGGCUGUGGAGUCGAUCAGUGGAUGGAAAUCACCGUCUUCCAUUGUGAUGUCCGGAAUGGCGGGACUUUUCCGGCUCUCCGUAUGGAUUAGACAAAUGCAUAGUUAUCUGACUGAGACGAUGGGAAUUCCAGUCUGGGGCUCCUAUAUCAUCUUUGCUUUGGCAACUCUCGUGGUGGGUCUCAUUCUGGGCCUGAUUUUGGUCUUAAUUGCUGAUUGUAUAUGUCCUCCGAAGCGCCACGAGAGCAGCGAAGUAUCAGAGGUUUUCGAGGUAGAAAACGAGGCGGAGGAGGAAGAGGACGAGGAGGAAGGGGAGAAGAAGGUUCCGGAAGCUCCCGGUUGGGAAGCGGAUGGCUCGGAGGCGGAGGAUGAGAGGGAGGCCUUUGACGAUUCCCCGGUUGAGGGUGACCAUGGCAACAGUGAGCAUGAAGACGAGUUGGAGCCACAGCCUUCCAGCAGCGAGACAGAUGGUGCGGUCAGAAAGAGAAUACUGAAGGAAGACUCCUAAACGAACAUCACCCAUUGGAACCUGGACCAAAGCAAUGUGCUUCUGGGGAUUUUCUGCCCCACACUUUUGAACUUAAAAUCUUUUUUUUAGCUUGUUUGAAUUCAAAAUUAUUUUUUUUUCUCCCGUUUCUGAAUUUAUUGGCUGUGACAAUCUGAGGUCAAAUUUCAAUUUGCUGGAUAUGCCUGUAAAAAAAUAAUCGUACAAAAAAAAAUGUUCAAAAAAAUAAUCUUACAAAAAAAAGCGCUUAAAAAAAAUAAAUAAUUAUAUUUAAAAAACGCUUUAAAAAAAAAAA